AUGCGUCCAAGUGUCGAGGUCCUCGUCUCUCUUAAUCUCUUGGGCAGCGUGCCUGUCUAUGCAGCACCACCCACGGGCCAAAAGCCAGGCAGUGGCCUGUCCUACGUCGACCCAUUGAUUGGAACCACCAAUGGAGGCAACGUCUUUGCCGGAGCAACGCUUCCCUACGGCCUCGCCAAAGCAUCAGCCGACGUGGACGGCCAAAACACCGGAGGCUUUGGCUUAGACGGCAGCAACGUCGUCGGCUUCUCGAGCGUCCAUGACAGCGGCACUGGAGGGAAUCCCAGCCUGGGCAACUUCCCGCUGUUCCCGCAGAUCUGCCCCGACGACGUGCUGGACAAUUGCAACUUUCGCAUCGGCGACAGGAAGCUCCAUUAUGUCAACGGCUCUGUUGAUGCCCGGCCGGGGCAUUUUGGCUUGCAGCUGGAGUCGGGCAUUGUGGCCAACAUGACCGUCUCACAGCAUGCGGCGCUGUACCGCUUCACGUUCCCCAAGGCGAGCAGCAAAAGCCAUCCGUUGAUACUGCUGGACUUGACAGACUUGUGGCAGAGCCGGCAAAAUGCCUCUAUCCAGAUUGACGAGAAGUCGGGCCGGAUGACUGGCAACGGCACGUUUCUACCCAGCUUUGGCGCUGGAUCAUAUGUGAUGCAUUUCUGUGCCGAUUUCUUCGGCUCCAACAUCCAUGAAACGGGUGUUUGGGUAAAUAACAGAGCAGGCACAGAGCCAAAGGAGAUCUUCCUCACUCGCGGUUUCAACCUGUUCUUCCUAGAAGGCGGCGGUUUCGUCCGUCUAGAUCCCCCUAGCGACGGCACCGUGACGGUGCGUAUGGGCAUCAGCUACAUCAGCAGCCAACAGGCUUGCCAAAACGCUCAAAGGGAGAUCCCCAGCCCGUUGAAGGCUUUUAGCGGGCUUGUUGAUAACGCUCAAAGGGCUUGGGAAGAGAAGCUGAGCCCCAUUUCGGUCAAGAGCGGCGGCGCGACGGACGAUCUGUUGACGAGCUUCUGGAGCGGCGUGUAUCGCAACAUGAUUUCGCCUCAGAAUUACACGGGCGAGAAUCCAUUGUGGCAUAGCGAUAAGCCUUACUUUGAUUCCUUUUACUGCAUCUGGGACAGUUUCCGUGUACAGCACCCUCUGCUGACCAUUCUCGAUCCUCACGCCCAGACGCAGAUGGUGGAGGCCCUGCUUGACAUUUACAAACACGAAGGCUGGAUGCCAGACUGCCGCAUGUCUCUCUGCAAGGGCUGGACUCAAGGCGGCUCCAACGCCGACGUGGUCAUCACAGAUGCAUUUGUCAAGAACCUCAGCACGACCAUUGACUGGGAGCUCGCCCUCGAAGCGGUCAUGGCCGACGCCGAGAACGAGCCACUGGAGUGGUCGUACCACGGCCGCGGCGGCCUCCACAGCUGGAAGAGCCUCAACUACAUCCCCUACCUGGACUUUGACCCGUACGGCUUCGGGACCAACUCCCGCAGCAUUUCGCGCACGCUCGAGUAUGCGUACGAUGACUAUUGCAUCUCGGAACUGGCGGGCGGGUUGGGCAGGCGUGAUUUGCAGACCAAGUACCAGGGCCGAAGCAUGAACUGGAAGAAUCUGUGGAAAGCCGACCAGACUUCGUUCAUUAACGGAACUGAUACCGGCUUCAAGGGCUUCUUCCAGCCCAAGUACCUAAACGGAACAUGGGGGUUCCAGGAUCCCAUUGCGUGUUCUGCCCUCGCGGGGUUCUGCUCCUUGACAACGAAUCCUAGCGAAACUUUUGAAGCCAGUAUCUGGCAAUAUCUCUUCUACGUCCCCCACUCAGUCUCAUCUCUCAUCUCUCUGCUGGGAGGCGAUGAUGCCAUGAUUUCUCGACUCGACUUCUUCCACACCUCGGGCCUCGCAGACAUCUCCAACGAGCCCGUCUUCUUCACCGUCUUCCUCUACCACUACACUGGCCGGCCAGCGCUGUCGACCGAGCGCAUCCACCAGUACAUUCCCUCGUCCUUCAACUCGUCUCCGGGUGGCCUGCCCGGCAACGACGACUCGGGCGCCAUGGGCGCGUUCCUCACAUUCUCCGUCAUGGGCCUGUUCCCCGUUGCGGGACAGAACGUGUACUUGAUCUCGCCGCCGUUUGUCGAGGAGAUUAGCAUCAGACAUGCCGUCACGGGCAAGACGGCUACGGUGAGGAAUGUCGGGUUUGAUGCCUCUUAUAAGAACAUCUAUGUGCAGAGCGCAAGAGUUAAUGGGAGGCCGUGGACGAAAUCAUGGAUUGGACAUGAGUUUUUCACGGAGGGAUGGACGUUGGAGUUGGUGCUGGGGGCGAAGGAGUCGAAGUGGGGGACGGAUCUGAAGGAUAGACCGCCGAGUUGGUCGGUUAGCAGUUAG